UCUCCUGCUCGCUCACUCACUCGCAUCUAAUAGCCUUGCUGUGUCAGCAGCAAGCAACAGCAAGCAGCAACAACAGCAGCAGCAGAAGCUUCGACAGCAUCGUGUCAGGGGUGGACAUCGGCUGACCUUGUCCCCGUGAGCCGAGAGGUAACAGCCGAGGCGAGGGACGACGAGGACGACGACGACGACGACGACGAGAGGGACGACGGCGACGAUGGCGGUUCCACCAAGGAACGACUACGCCAGCUCGCUGGUGGUGAAGAAUAAGCGCAAGCUGGUGGAUUGCCUCUCCGAGUGCCUGCCCCAGUUCCUUGGCGCGCGCUCCGGGCAGGUCGUGGCUCUGGGCCCCUACGACAAGGACUUCGCCCGGGACCUGGUCGAUGUCUUCAAGAAGGACGGCGGGCGGGCGGCCUGGUUCCUGCUGGCGCUCAAGGAGCUCCAGGCGGAGCGCGGCGACGUGCGGGAGGCGCUGAAGAACGUCAGCUGGACGGACGGCGCCUUCAGUGCCUUUACUCGCAAAGAGUCCAGCGAUGCACCUGAUGGGAUGCAGAUUGGAAUACCAAGCAGGAUAUUCCAGAACCCCUACAUCAUCAAGUCGGGAGGCAUCCAUGCGUUUAUACUGAACGUCAUGCACAGUGGACGAAUGUACCGAAACGGCUCUGAGAGGGACGUUUCUCUGCUGGAAACGCUCUUUGGCGAGAUGAAGGCCAACGUCACGAGCGGAGCAAAACAACACACCUUGGGAAUCAUGGAAGACCUGCAGGAGUUCAAGAGGCAGGUGCACGAGCUGGAACCGGACUGCGUCGUCAUCUGCCUCAUGUCCCACGGGAGGAAGAACUGCAUCUUGGGCAACGACAAGGGGGAGCUGGAGCUGCAGUGGGUCUUCGACGAGUUCAACUCGAAGAACUGCGAGGCGCUUCAGAACAAGCCGAAGGUGUUCAUCGUCCAGGCCUGCCGGGGAGAGGAGAAGGACAACGUGGAAGCGGACAGCGUGAGCGAAACCCCGCUACGUCCGCAGAAGUACGCGGACAUGCUCAAGGUGUUCAGCUCCCCCGAAGAUCAUCUUUCCUUCCGCAAGCCGGAGGAGGGAUCCCUGCUGAUUCAGAAUAUUGGCAAGGUCUUCCUUCAGCACAUGAACACCAUGCACGUUAUGGACAUGAUGACGAUGGUGACCAAGGAGAUAGGCAAUCAAGACUUUUUAAUGAAUAGCAGAAAAGUUAAGGUCAUUCCUGUUGUGGAGACCACACUCACAAAGAGUCUCUACCUGUGCGACACCGCUUAGCUACACCCGGACACACCCUGCCUUCACCCUUCUCCCAUUACCUUCGCCUCCUCCUUCCAGUAGCUUAGUUGCGCGUCACGCUUUGAUGUAAACAAUCGCGGUGAAGGUGCCUCUACGGUAGUGCCGUCCCGCGUCUUCGUUCUCCGACGUGUUUUUGACGUCGUGCCGAACAGCAUCGUGCCGUUCUGAUGGUGCAUUUUAAAAAAAAAAAAUCACUGUCAUUCAUGAUUCAAAGAAAUAAUUACACGGUAUUCCCUCAUUAUUUGUAACUAGGGAGACAGAGGCAGCCCGGGUGUGGUGCCGGCCUUCAUAGGUGCCGCUUGCUAAUAGGACCUUCCGCAACAUUCUGUUCGGGCUAUACGGGGGAUCUUUGUUUUUUGUGUGGUGGUGCGAGACUUUGGAGGACCGGGGUUGUUGGACCAGGGUUGUUGUUUUUUUUUUAAUACAAAUGCUUUUAAUGAUCAAUCAGGGACCAAAGCAAUCAAUUUUUGGGGGGGAUUUUUCUACAAUUGGUGUAAUGCCGGUGUGACAAUGAUGGAAACAUUCAAUGAAAUAAAACAUUUGAAGCACGGAAA